GUCGUAGUACCAUAGUUAAUUAAGUACGUGAGCUGCAAGCCUGCAACUGCCCUGAGUCUCUGGCUGAGCCGAUUACGCGGCACCGACGUUUACGUCUCCAGCGAGUGCGAUGUCGUCGUGCCGAUGCUCCAUGGGGCCUCACGCCCCAACAGCUAGCCCUCAGCGAUUCCAUCGUUUCCACGGUCAGGUUGAAAAGUUUGGCAGCGUAACGCACCAGUGCAAUGGUACUCUGAAGGCGAGAUUCAAGGUGCCACUGCCAAUGCACGGAAAUGGUGUGAUCCGGACAACCGUGAAACAAUCCUCACGAAUCACUGAACCAUCACAUGCUACUCCGUACAUCACACGAAAUCACACGGCGUGGUUCAAGAACUGAUCCGUUCGCGCUAGCUCCGACCUCCAGCAGGAGCACCACCAUGGCCGCCGCCGACCUCACGCUGCUGCUGCUUCUCCUCGCACCUCUCCUCGCCAUCCCCCUCUACUUCCUCUUGGCCGCCACCACCACCACCAGACGCCGCAGGACGCCGCCACGAGGGAGCAAGCCGCGGCUCCCACCGGGGCCGUGGGCGCUGCCGGUGAUCGGGCACCUGCACCACCUAGCCCGGCCAUGGGGCCCGGGCGGCCGCCGCCUCCCGCACCGCGUGAUGCGGGACCUUGCGCGUCGCCACGGCCCGCUCAUGCUGCUCCGGUUCGGCGAGGUGCCCGUCGUGGUGGCGUCGUCCGCCGCCGCGGCGCGGGAGGUGAUGCGGACCCACGACGCGGCGUUCGCGUCGCGGCCCAUCGGCCCCAUGUCGCGGCUCUGGUUCCAGGGCGCCGACGGCAUCAUCUUCGCGCCCUACGGCGACGACUGGCGCAGCCUCCGCAGGGUGUGCACCCAGGAGCUCCUCACCGCCCGCCGCGUCCAGUCCUUCCGCCCCGUGCGCGAGGACGAGCUCCGCCGCCUGCUCGCCUCCGUCGCCGCCGCCGCCGCCGCCGCCUCGUCGGGGACGGGGACGACCGUCGUCAACCUGACGGAGAAGAUAUCGACCUACAUCGCCGACUCCACGGUGCGCGCCAUCAUCGGCAGCCGACGCCUCAAGGACCGCGACGCGUACCUCCGGAUGCUCAAGGGCCUCUUCGGCAUCAUGCCCGGGAUGAGCCUGCCGGACCUCUUCCCGUCCUCGCGCCUCGCCAUGCUCCUCAGCCGCGCUCCUGCCCGGAUCCAGGCCUACCGCCGCAGCAUGCGACGGAUCAUGGAUGGCAUCAUCGACGAGCACCGGGACAGGGCAGCCGCCGCCGCUGCCGACGGCGGUGCCGACGACGAGGACGAGGACGAGGACUUCGUCGACGUGCUCCUCAGACUUCAGAAGGAAGUCGACUCCCAGUUCCCGCUCACAACCGAGAACAUCAAAACCGUCAUGCUGGACAUAUUUGGCGCGAGCACGGAGACGUCGACGACGACGCUGGGCUGGGCGAUGGCGGAGCUCCUGCGGAACCCGAGGGUGAUGGCGAAGGCGCAGCACGAGGUCCGGCAAGCGUUCGCCGGCCACGACACGGUGACCGAGGACAGCCUAGCCGGCCUGCGCUACCUGAGGCUCGUCAUCAAGGAGUCGCUGCGGCUGCACCCGCCGGCGACGAUGCUGGUGCCACGGCAGUGCCAGAGCGCGUGCCAGGUGCUCGGGUUCGACGUGCCGGCGGGCACGACGGUGAUCGUGAACGCGUGGGCGAUCGGCAGGGACCCGGCGCACUGGGACGAACCGGACGAGUUCUUGCCGGAGAGGUUCGAGCAGAGCGGCAGCAGGGACUUCAGGGGCGCCGACUUCGAGUUCAUACCGUUCGGUGCCGGGCGGCGGAUCUGCCCCGGCAUGACGUUCGGGCUGGCUCACAUCGAGCUCGCGCUCGCGGCGUUGCUGUUCCACUUCGACUGGAGCUUGCCGGGUGGGCUUGCGGCCGAGGAGCUGGACAUGACCGAGGCAUUUGGGAUCGCUGUGCCACGGCGUUCCGACCUUUUGGUGGUGCCAAUCCCUCGUGUCCCACUGCCCACCAAGUAACAUAUAUACUUAAUCACCGUUCACCGUGACACGUAUCUGCGGAUGCUAAGACUAUAUCUCCAACAGUUUGGUAAAUGACUUCCUAUCCAUAAUAAUGUCCGGGAUGAGCCUGCCGACGUCUUCACGGGAUGCAGAAUUAGAAUAAAUGUGGAUCAAAUUUUGUAGAAUUUGAUUCUUCUGGUUAGAAUUUGAUACCCAAAGUUAUAUGCAGCAAUCCUCGGAUCUUUGAAAGGA